CUUCGACCUUUUUUUUCCCACCAGCCUGUCUUAAAAAUUUGUACAACUAUGGCAGGGAUAGUUACAGACGGAAAUGCUGGACACAUUUUGGGAGACCUAUCAUAUGGAUCAGCAUUAGAUGCAGAAAAUGUAGCAUUGGUAACGAUAACACAAACUUAAUACUAGGCCUAAUUACAUAUAAUAUAAGUUAAGUAUAGUAGUAGUAGUAUAGGCUGCGGCUAUUCGGCCCCUGGAUUCAAGAGUAAGAGUAAGAGUGAGAGGUUGGAGUUGGGUUUAUUAAAAAGUAUUUAAAAUAUUUUUGUUGAGUUUGUAAGACAAAAUUUGAUAUCAAAUGAAAGAUAAUUGAAUGGACUAUAGGUUUGUAAACUUACUUCUUCAGUUUAACAAAAAAUAAGCUACCACAAAAUAAAUGACAUCCGAAUGGCAUUUAGUCUAAGGGACCCAGGUCAGUGAUUUGGGGCUAUUUGGAGCCACUUUUAAAAUCAGUGCUGACUCCUUCUCCUUUAAUGUGGAAGAUGCGCCCCGACCCCCCCCCCCUUUUUGCGCUCCAAAUGGAGCAGAUUGAUCUUCAGUGCAAUUCUUAGGUCUGUGAUUUGGGGCUAUUUGGAGCCACUUUUAAAAUCAGUGCUGACUCCUUCUCCUUUAAUGUGGAAGAUGCGCCCCGCCCCCCCCCCCCCCUUUUUGCGCUCCAAAUGGAGCAGAUUGAUCUUCAGUGCAAUUCUGAACUCAAGGCAAAGUUCAGGGAGGUGAAUGGAAAAAACAGACAGACAAGAAUGGACAGUUUAUGAAUUGCCCUCCACCUUACCUCAGAUUUCCAGGUUGUUUAAAAGAAACAUGUGCCUUUUUGGGAGUACCUAUCUGUGUGAAAAGCUCUUUUCCACUAUGAACUUUAACAAGUCAAAGUUCAGGGUCAAACUUACUGAUGAGCAUCUUCCUGUUAAGUGAGUGUCUCAGGAGUCAGUUGCUUCCCCACUCAAGCAAAAUGUUGCUCAGCUGAGUAAGAAGAAGUGCUGCCAGGUGUCAGGCAACAAGGAGAAGGAAGAAGAAAGUGAAGCCUUGUUCUUGAGAACCCUUAAUGUUUUUAUUUGUUUUUAAUAAAGGUUGAGCAGAUUGUAACAGUUGUACUUUAUUGACUUUGAAAUUGUCUUUGUGGAAUACUUGAUGCGGCCCAGUCUCACUCAGACUCUACCUCAAGCAAAAUGUUGCUCAACUGAGUAAGAAGAAGCGCUGCCAGGUAUCUGGCAACAAGGAGUAGGAAGAAAAAAGUGAAGCCUAGUUCUUGAGAACCCUUAAUGUUUUUAUUUGUUAUUAAUAAAGGUUGAGCAGAUUGUAACAGUUUAUUGAAUUUGUAAUUGCCUUUGUGGAAUACUUGAUGCGGCCCAGUUUCACUCAGACUCUACCUGCUGCGGCACCGGAUGAUUUGAGUUUGAGACCCCCUGAGUAAGUUCGUCAGAGUGACUUGGACUUAGCAUCUUCUUCUUAGCCCGGACUUAAGAGUUAGUUAGUACUUUAUUUUGACUUUGACAUUUGGGACCACCUGAUGGCACCUCCCUACCCCAUAUUCCAUACAUACCAAUAUUAUAAAUGAUAAACUACCCCUUCACUACACAUGCAUGUUCCCAGGCACAGAGCAAUAGCGUUUUAAGUGUGUGUGGACAGAACCAGGGGGAUGACACAAAUUGGAGAAUUGUCAAUUUGACAGAGCUGGAUCAAGGUCAGUUUCAGGGCAGAUAGAAGUUAAAUACAAGAGUAAGAGCAUUGUGCCACCACAGCAGGGUGCCAUCAGAACAGGGUGCCAACAGAGCAGGGUGCCAACAGAGCUAGGAGACUCUGGGGAGGUCCAUGGGAAAAUCUGAAAGGGGUGACACCAGCCCUGGUGAUACCACGACUUGUGUUUGUAGUUAAGUGUAGUGGGUCUGAAAUUCCCUCUUUUCAAAUUCAAAUGAGGAUACAUUUCUCCAUGAUCAUAUUAAUUACUACAUUGAUUAUUGAUAAAAAAAACUUUACAUCAUCAAUUGAAAUUUCCUUCCUACAGGAAAUAUAGAGUGGGCGUCACAGUGACAAUGCCGUAUGAAGGUGUCUUGAGUUUAGUCAAAGUUUUGUGAAGAUGACACCAUUUAUGGGUGGUCCCUUAAUAAGGCAUUGGAGUGCAGAUUCACUCCAAUAUGGGUGGUGUUAUAAGCCUAGAAAUUUGCAAAAUAAUUUAUGAAAAAAAUUAAGUUAUUACUUUACAAAUAUAAACAAAAUUGUGAGAAGUGAUAUGAUUACAGCCAAUGUACAAGUUUGUAUUACUGGACCAAUGGAUCAGCCCUUCGUCUUUUUUCCCAUUCAAUUUUGGCCAAUAGAUUGGCCCAGGGGGGGGGGGGGGUUUCUUUUGGCCCCUUUACUAUUAUUUUUCCCCUUCCAUUUUGGCCAAUAGAUUUGCCCAGGGGGGGGGGGGGAUACUUGUGGCACCUCUACUAUUACAAAUCUAUAUCUAUACUAGUUGAAUACCGUACUUAUAAUAAUAGUAGACUUUUCCUUAUGAAUAACUUUUUAAUUUUAGCUUACUCUAGUCUGGUUGAUAUUUUAAUUUCACUUCUCUGUGUGUGUGGUUUAGUGAUGUGUAGUGUAACUAUAAUAUCUCUGGUUUGGCUGGUCAAAUUUUAAAUGAUCCAGCUAUAAAGGCUUAUCUCUUAUAUUUUAAUUUCUCAUUUCAUGCUAGAAUUGGUUGGAAAAGAAUAACAAAAGUUUUGGAUUAUAUAUCAAUGGCCAAUGGGUCUACCCAGAUGGCAGACAGACAAAGGAAUCAAAGAAUCCAGCUACAGGUACUGCGACAGUAUGAGUGACUGAACUUUGUGAUCUGAUAGUGCUGUGAUGUUGUCAUGUUGUAUGACUGGAAGUGUUGAGUUUUUUUCAUGUAUGUUUAAAAUUAAAUGUAUGAAUAUUGGUUUGAGAACUGGAGUGAGUGGUCAUGUAAUGUGGGGUGUAAAAAGAAUGGAGAAUAAAGGUUAGUUGUUGCACAGACCGCUGCCCCGAGUUGAUGUCUUAUUAUACUAUUACAGGUACAACAAAUAAUUAAAUUACCUUUCAAAUGGCUCUGUGUUCUUAUAAAUUAUAAACAUUGAACAAGUGGGACAUUUCUAUUACUUUAAGCUUUAUCAAUGGUACACAAGCUAUUAUAAUCAAAGCUGACACUGGAGUUCAGAUUACGGUCAGAAGUAACAUCUUUAUGUUGUUUUAAAGGAAAAGUCUUGGCUACAACUAUUGAGGCAACAGAAGAUGACAUCAAGAAUGCUGUCAUAUCAUCCAAAGAAGCUUUCAAGACAUGGAGCAGUCUAGCCCCUCACGUCAGGUCUCGCUACUUAUACAGGUAUUAUUGAGUACUGAUUGAAAAACAUUUAUCUUAGAGCACACCUAUUAAAAAUUUUGAUUUUACACAAGUUUAAUUUUAUCAUUGGUUGAUUAAAAAUCAUUUGGCCCUUCAGAGAAUAGGCUCCCAAUAACCUCAAGUGUUACAAAAAGGAUUCCAGACAACUUUUCUUGUAUAUUUAGUCAUUCUAAUCUUAUAAUCCUUGAUUGAUCUAUCCUGGCCUGAUAUAUUUACUGUGAUACCGAAAGUGUAAUUUGAAAAUAAAGCUGUGGAUUUAAAAACAAACAUUUUCUCUAUUUUUUUCCCCUAAUGACACUGUGUUGAUUUUUAUAAAAGUAGCUGUUAAUCGUUUUAGAUCAAAACCUGACUACUUAUGUUAGAGUUCACAAGAAUACAUUUUUGUUAUAUUUCUUUCUUUUCCUGUCUUGACUUCACUUUAAUACAUAUUAUCUAUAAAAUAAUCAUUACUGCGUCCAGGUUUCACAUAAAAGAGACUCUGUAGGAGUGAUGAAAUAAGUUAAAAUUUGAAUAAAUAUUCUUAAAUCAAGGGAUUUAUCAAAUUAAAUAGUAACAUUUAUGUUCAUGUUAUAUUCACAUAUACAUCUGCACUAUGUAUCCAUAAUAAAAUAAUCCUUCACAAGUGAAUUGUAGGAUGUGAAUUUUAUUAUUUGAAAAAAAUGCUUGAAUCUGUUACUUUAAUUGUACCAUUUAAAUUUCUCAGCAUUGCAAGAAAUUUGCAGAAAAACCAGUCAUUGCUCGCUAUAGUAGAGGCUAUUGACUCUGGGAAGCCAACUAGAGAGACAAGAGGUGUUGACAUUCCAGCCAUUAUUAGACAGUUUUACCAUCACGCUGGAUGGGCACAACUCAAAGAUACAGAGUUGUCUGGCUGGAAACCUUAUGGUAUGUGUUAAACUGUUUUUCUGUUUAAAUUGUUAAAUAAUCUAGUACCAGUAUCUAAAUUUCUUUUAACAGUUCAGUGUAAUAAAGAACAGUCUUUGAUUUUAGGCGUUGGUCUAAGGGUACAUUGUAACCACUUUGCUAUCUUAAGACAUUGUUUCUUGACAUGAGCCAUAUUUGGCUCCCCCCAGGGGACCCCAGCAUAUUUCUUUGGGGCCACAAAUAGUUUAAACAAGGGCUUAAGUUGUAUCAAAAAAGCAAAUUUUUAUUUUAAUUACCUACUGGGGAAGGGGCCAGGCAGGUAGUGGGCUAUGAGCAAAAAGAUUUAAUUACUUUAAUAACAUACACUUGCGAUGUUUCACACUUGUGAUGCUAUACACUGGUGAUGUUAUACAUAAUUCAAAAGAAACUUUUAUAGCUAUUAUGUUCAUACUUUAUAUUAGUCCCAAAUACACCUAAUUUAACUUAUGAUGGAACAUAAUCUCCAAUACACCCAGGCAACUACUUAUAGCAAAAAGGCAACAUCAGGAAACAUCAACAGUUACAAUGAUCUCAUGGCAAACAUCUGUAGGAUAUAAUAUAAUCAGUACAAUCAUAGUCAAAUCAAUUAAAUAAAUGAUUUAUCUCAAAAUAAUUCAUAAAGGUCAUUAUCAACUUUAUAAUUGUAACCUUAUAAUUUUAUUUAAAAAUAUUACAAUAUUGAUUAAAUACAGUAAAAUAAAAAAUGCCUGCCCAAGUGAUGGGAUUUUCUGGUGUUUUUUUAUGUUCACUGUAACACUCAGCUUCUUUAGAGAGAAUGUUAAUAAGUAAGCCCUCCAGCUCAUUUAUUUCAUAUGAAAGGACAUAAUUAAGAAUAAAUGUGUAAAGGAAAAUCGUUCCUAUAAGAUUCAAUCCAACUUACAUAAAAGCAUUGUUUUGAAGAAUGUAAUUUUGUUGUAGAUUUAUGCAAGGAAUAUCUGCAUUUACAUUAAACUUUUUUUUUUUAUAACAGGCGUAACAGCGGUUAUUUCCCACUGGAGUUUUCCUCUGAUGCAUCUUGCCAGCCGUGUAGCACCAGCUCUGGCCACAGGGAACACUGUCAUCGUCUUUCCUUCAUCAAAGACACGCCUGAGUGCGCUGCUCUUUGCAGAGAUCUGCAUUCAGUCUGGGCUGCCGAGUGGUGUAGUUAAUGUAGUGACUGGGUCUGAUAGCCGUUUGCUGGUUUCAAACCCUGAUGUGGAUAAAGUCGUAUUUGUUGGCUCUGUUGAUGUAAGUGAUCACAGAGGGAUGCCCCUCUGUCAGCUCACUAAUCCAAAAUUUAAUAAUAUGUUUGUUCACUCAUGAAUUACAUAUUUUUCAUUAUGAUGAGAUUGACAACAAAGUAAUUUAUGAAAAGAAAUAUUUUUUAAAUUGAUAAACAAAUGUCUUUUUUUCUUUUUUUUUUUGCAUUAUGUUUAUUAAAUUUCAACAUUUUAAGUAAAAAAAGAGAUAGAGACAUAAAAAAAUAUUCAUAUUAAUCUAACAAUUUUAAAUAAUGGCAAUUUCGAAAUAGUUUUUUCAACACAAAAUCUACCCUUCAUGUGUCUGUAAUGACCAUACUGACUGGAGACUUUUCCCAUUUUCAAACAAAUAAAAGAAAAUACCUUAAAUGCAUGUUGUAAAGUAGCCUAGUGGUUUGUGUUUUGUUUCCUUCAGUGUGGUUUUAUGGAUAUGUCACUGGAUGCAUACAAACACUUGUUGAAAGAUUUUUGAAGCCUUUGGAAUCGGUUUGAAGAAAAGUAUUGAAAUACUUGCUCUGUAUGUAUUAGAAUUUGCUCUUGUCAUGAGAUUAUAAAUAGAUUUAACAAUCAAUAUGACAGGACGGCAGGGGCGUUAGGAAACUGACUGCAGGGACUGGUAAGAGUUUGUCACUGGAACUAUCAGGUCGCAGCCCAAUCCUGGUGUUUGAAGAAGCCGACCUUGACAGUGCGGUGGAGGGGAUUGUAGAGGCAGCAUUUUUCAAUAAUGGCCAAGUAAGAAAUAGUAGUUGACUCAUUGCACGGUACCGGUUGAAGGAACUUUAGAAUUUUAACAUACAACAUCUUAACACCAAAAUCAUUUUUUUCUUAAAAUUUAUAUUUCUAUCCUUUUUUUUUUCUAGCUGAGAUACAAAGUGAUGUUUAAAAUAUAUAUAUAUAUAUAUAUUUUGUGACAGUUUGUCCAACGUGAUACCCUGCAGUCAAUUUAUUUAAUUUACUUCUUGAAAUUAAAUUUAAACAUUAAUAAAUGAAAGGGUUAUUAUUAAAUGCUACAUAAAAACUACACAUAGUUAUUUGAUCAACAGCUGCAGAUGGGAGAUGGUAACGUCUUGAUUAAUGGAAUUUACGUUUUGCUCUAUGUUUGCUAGUCAAACCAUUCAGGAUCAAGACUUUUAAUCCAAGAGUUGGUGCAGACGCAACUGAUAGAAAAGUUGAAGGCCCGGAUGUCAAAGUUGACUGUGGGAAAUAACAUGGAGAAGAACAAUGACUUGGGCCCUCUCACAGACCCACAGUUGUGUCAACAGCUAAAACAGCUGGUCGAUGGUGACCAUGGGGGUGAGGUAGGAUUCUUCUCAGAUAUAACCUGAUUUGAAGCUUUGAUCUGAGACCUUUUCACGAUAAAAAGAAUUAAAAAGGUCUGCCUUAUUUAUAUAAAUAUCCCUAACUAUGUCACCUGUGAGCUCUUAAGUAUACAAAGACUUUAAAAGUAUUGUUUCUAGGAUUUUAACUCGGUUAUUUUCUUUACCAUCAUUAUUUAAAUUGAAAACCAUUAUUAUAUAUUUUUCAUGACUUAUUUUUUUUUACUUCACAGAAAUUCCAAGUGAACUUGGUGACUUCAGAUCAAGCCAACUAUUUCCCGCCAACUUUGAUCUACAACAUUCAAACAUCUUCUCAGGUCUACUUGGAGGAAGUGAGUAUUUUCUAAGAGAGAAAAAAUAUCACAUGAUUUCCUAUUUUGAAUUUGUGGCCAGCUGUCUGCCUUCAUAUGUCAAUGGCAAUAAGUGCAAGCCAACACAUACAUUCUUAUUUUAUUCUGUUAGCAUUAAUAUCUGAUAUUUAUGUAAUUUUUUCCUUCAAUUUUUGUAGGGUGGGGUGAGGGGUAGUAAGGGGUGGGGAAGAGCUUAUAAAAUCCUUAAAAUAUUUGUGGAAUGUACGCAAUGAAAUUUUAAAAAUAAAUGAAGAAAAGGCCAAUAACACAGACAGAAAGUUAAAUAGUAAUAGUUCUUGGAUUAAUUUUGAUAAAAACUUUUCUGUCUUGAGUGGGGCAAAUUUAAUGUCGAUCUACAUUACAAAGUGAUGAAGAGGGAAAAAGUCUUUUGGAUAAUCACCAUCUUAAGAAUAGUUGAGUUACUCUUUCUUUUCUUUCUUAUAAGUAACCAUAUUGCAAAUUUAUUUUAGUUUUUUGGACCGCUGGUGACAGCUAUUCCGUUCCGCACAGUGAAAGAGGGGAUAACUCUGGCAAACCACUCAGUGUAUGGUACAUCUGCCAGCGUCUGGACAGAGAAUCUCAGUGUGGCGCUGGAGGUUGCCAGCCAGCUCCAGGUUGGCACCGUCUGGGUGAAUGCUCACAACCUGUUUGAUGCAGCGGCUGGAGUGGGGGGCUGCAAGGCUAGUGGAUUUGGAAGAAGUGGAGGCAAAGAGGUUAGAGAUACAAAAAUAGAUGUCUUUAUUUUCUUCAGUCUAUGCUCAUAAUCUUUCAAAGAAAAAUCUUUGGCAGUGCUUCUCAAACAGUGUCAUGCCUUUGUCUUCAAAGUGUGCUGGAUAAAAUUAUUUUUAUGUUAAUAAACUUGUUGCCCUGGGAACGUUUUAUGAGACCAAAGAAAAUCAGACAGUUCACAUUAUGCCCAAGGGACUUGUAUUCUUUAAAGGCUCUAUCAUCAUACACAAGUUUGAUUUAAAAAAAUGUUUUUUCUUCCUUUAAGAUUCAUGACAAAAAAAGAUGAAACAUUCCACAUAAAGUAUAAUCAGCUGCAUGUUUAGCAGGUCCAAAAAAAAAGGUGACAAGCCAAUAAAAUUUGUUUAUUUCAGAGCCUGUUUGAGUAUGUUCUUCCAACAUGGCAAAAUUUGCAGAAGCCUCAAAAUGUAAAUGUGGACAUAAAUAAAUUUGGAACAGCAUCAAAUUCAGACCUGUUGCCAAGUGCCUCAGCUUCUGGGGAAUCACCAGGGUGGGAAUUUAGUUUUAACAACAGAUUUUAUUUGUUUAUCUGAAUUGCUUUGUUGAUUAUGUUUAAGGGAAUUCUGGCAAGACUUCAUUGCCUCCUCUGAAACACCCAAAUUAGUCUCUGCCCUUUCAAUGCUAUUUAGUGCCUAUGUGACUUUUAAAAAAAGGAAGAAAAAAAAGGAAGAUAAAUUCAAAGUAAGAAAUGUUAGAAAGUAAGUGUAAGGAUUAGGUUAUAAAAAAUUUGAUCUCAAGAAAGGUCGUGUCCGUUAAGUUAUCUUAUUAACAGAUGAUUUAAAAAUUUUGAACAAUUAUAUUUUAAAAUUUUUCUUAGGCCCUCUGUCAUCUUGAAGAUCCAACUAAUUCUUUAAUCUUGCUGUCACCUGUAGAAUAGACAAGACCUAUAAGCUGUAUUAUGGGGGAGGUCAGAAGAGACCUGACUCGGGUGCUAGUUUACCUGUUCUCAAUUACAAAGGAGAGGUCAUUGCACACGUGCCUGAUGGUGGCCGGAAGGACAUCAGGAAUGCCGUCGAGGCAGCCGUCAAAGUGACGGGGAGGUGAGUUAGUGCCAGCAUUCGAGGUGCAUCAUUGUAAGGUUUUUAUAGGUCACUUUUUUUUAUAUUACAGCAGCAGAUAUAAUAACAAAUUUUUAUUUAUAAUAUUAUUUAUAAUAUUAAUUUACUCUAUAAUUAAACAAUUAAUUUUUGAUUCAUUUGAGAAUUAAUUUAUGUAUAAUUAAUAUUAUAUUAUAAAUUAUAUUAGGCCUACAUACUUUCAUUGCAGUGUUUAAGUCAAAAUUUUCACACCAUUUUAAGUUUCAACAAAAACAUUUUUUUAAACAUAAAUUUGUUAUCAUUACUAUUGUUGUUACAGGUUCUUUUAACAGCUUCCAAACUUCUGACCAAACCUUUAAAAAAAUGACUUGCCUUUUAAACGUGAAACCCUUUUUCUAAUAAUGAAAGGAUAUUCUUUCAAAAAUCAGUUCUAUUAUUUGCUGUUUCACAGUUGGGGUCGAAAAGAGGGCCACGGAAAAGCACAGAUCAUGUACUACAUUGCUGAAAAUUUGCAGUCACGAUUCAGUGAAUAUGUUGGCCUACUGUCUGCUAUGACUGGUCAGACGGAGAGCGAAGCAACACAGGAAGUCGAUCUGAGCAUUCAGCGCUUAUUUUACUGGGCUGCUUACUGUGAUAAAUAUGGAGGCUCUGUACAGGUGAAGAUUUCUUAAAUUUUAUCUUAAAUAUGCAAAUACCAUUUUGAAUUGUAUUUAUGAGUUUCUCAUGAUGAUUUUUGACAACUUAUUUAAAUUAUAAUUUCUUUUCAACUCAAAACAUACUCCAUAAUUUUUGUUAAUUUUUCUUCUUAAAUAUUUAGUAAAUAUAAUAAUUUUUUUUUACAUUAAAAAAAGGAUAAUUCCAAAAUAAUCUUAAAUUUUAAAAAAAUAUCUAUUUUUUUCAAAUAUAACAGGAUGUAAUUUUUUAAAAAAGUGAGCCUUUUAAUAUUUUUAUUGGAGAUUUCUUUGGAAAUUUUUGACAUAGGUAACAUAGUUAAAUAGAUCGAUCUACAGUAGAAGUCCAUUAGUCCGGCAUCCAACAAACCGGAAUGCUCGAUAGUCCGGCAUCGCUCAGGAAAAUUGAAAAAUUUUGGUUUUCUCCAAAAGUGUGUCUUUAAAACGCUCGAGAGCUAUUCAGAAGUUUCAGGGUAGUUCGGGAUCAUCCGGAAGCGCUCAGUAUUGUUCGGAAACAAUUAGCGGCCGGCUAUUCUCAGCUUCACAACAAAUACAGGUGUAGUGCAGCACAGUUAAUCAAUCACGAAGUGUCUUCGCCAUUUUUUUGUGCAUUGUUGUUUUGUGUCCUUUCACAUCGCAGUAAACUGUGUCUCUACUCUCUACUGUAAUACAGUAUAUCUGUAGUGACGUACGUAACUUUUGAAACUGUUUAUAAACAAAGUGAGUUUCGUUCUAACUGGACAGUGACCAUGUUUUCAAAACCUAAGCCUUCGAGUUCAAAAGGAGAGAAACGAAAACACGUAACACUGACUCUCAAUGAGAAACUAAAAAUCAUCAAAGGGCUAGAAAAAGGUGGGAAUAGAAAUGUUUUAAUGAAUGAGUUUAAUAUUGGCUCAUCAACUAUUUAUGACAUUAAAAAACAAAAAGAUGAACUAAUUAAGUUUGCUUCUCAAUCGGUAACAACUGAAAAAUUGGCUUCUAGACAAACAUUAAAAAAACCAAAACUGGAACAGCUAGAUAGUGUAUUGUUCAAAUGGUUUAGUGCAGUACGUUCUGAAGGAAAGCCGGUAACAGGGCCAAUGAUUGUUGAAAAGGCAAAGAAAUUCGGCCAAGAUUUAGGAGUUGCUGAAAGUGAAUGUAAUUAUUCUGAUGGUUGGCUCAGAAACUUUAAGUUUCGGCAUGAAAUUCGAAGGCUUGAUGUAACUGGAGAUAUACUAUCGGCAAACCAAAACUCUGCAGAAAAAUUCAAAGACGAGUUUGAGAAAAUCGUGGCUGAUAAUGAUUUAACACCUGAACAGAUUUACAAUGUUGAUGAAACAGGGCUAUUUUGGCGAUGUUUACCAACAUCUACACCAGCUGGGGGAGGAGAAAAAGCAGCCAGGGGUUUAAAAAAAAACAAAGACAGAUUAACCGUUUUGCUAUGUGCUAAUGCGUCUGGAAACCACUGAGUGACCCCUUUUGUGAUAGGUAAAUCUAAAAAACCCAGGGCUUUUAACAAUGUUACACACUGCCUGUCCAAUACGAUGCUCAAUCAAAUGCGUGGAUGACUGCCACCCUCUUUAAAGACUUUUUUUUCACCACUUUAUGUCUCGGGUCAAGGAAUCCUUCAAAAGCCUUAGUCUACCAGAAGAUACUAAAGCCAUCCUUCUUUUGGACAAUUGUAAAGCCCACCCGCCAGUAGAUGAGUUAGUUUCUGGAGAUAUUGUUGCUACUCUGCUCCCACCUAACGUAACAUCUUUGAUUCAACCCAUGGACUAAGGGAUUAUUCAAAAUUUUAAAUGCUUUUAUAGAAGGUCUUUUAUUCAAGGCCUGUUAAAUGCCGACUGUGACGUGACUGAUUUUUAAAAAAAGUGCCGUCUAUGCUAUUGCACUAUCUUGGAACCAGGUAAAAAAUACAACACUCCAAAAAUGCUGGAGAAAACUUUGGCCAGCUGCAAACCCUGCAUCUGACCUAACUCUACAGACUGAUGAGGAAGAAAACCAUCAAGACUUUCUGACCAAAGUUUUGGAUUUCGUUUGAAGUGCUGACAAUCCCUUGAAAAACCUGCCUGAAGAUGAGGUAGAGGAGUGGCUUCUAAUCGACGAGAAUGAGCCUGUUGAACAAGAACUAACCGAUGAGGACAUUAUCAACAGUGUAGUAAACCCUCAGCCUACUCAAAAUCUUUAAGAAAGCUGCAGAAUCACUAAAUAAGUUUAUCUCUUUUGCUGAGGCUAGUACUAGCUACAGUGCUUCAGAAAUUAUUGAUUUCCAUAUCAUUAGAAAUAAAUUUUAUACUAAACGCCAAAAGUCAAGAAAACAAAAAGACAUUCGUGACUUUUUAAAAUCUAAGUGGAAUAUGCAUUACAGUACGUGUACAUACAUUAUAUGAAAUGUAAAAUAAACUUUGUUGUAUUUGCAUACUGUAUUUGUAGUUUAAUUAUUAACCUAAUUGUUCUUAUAAUUAUGAUUUAUGUAUGUAUGUAGUUAAAAAAACAAAGUACAUUUGUUUUACGGCAAAGCCUACACUAAAUAGACCGAGCCGGUCCCGAACGUGACGGAUUAUCGGACUUCUACUGUAUCUUCUUUUGUGUAUCCAGGAGUCAACAUUUUAUGGAGUAACUCUAAAGUUGAAUGAGCCUGUUGGAGUCAUUGGUAUUGUCUGUCCUGAGAAUUUUCCUUUCCUGGGAUUCAUUUCCCUUGUGGCACCAGCCAUAGCCCGAGGAAAUCCUGUCAUUGUCGUUCCCAGCGGAAAGUAUCCCCUGGCAGCUCUAGGAUUUCAUCAGGUUGGUUAUGCUUUGUAGUCGCUUCCCAUUAUAUCCAUGUGCAUUAAUCUCUGCACUGUUACAUUUUUUUAUAAGGAUAUCCUAAUAUAAAGAAAUUACAUUCAUCAAGUCAUCAGGAAUUGUUCUGUAUGUUGAGUUAAUAUUUAAUACAUUUCCACCUGCCUGUUGGUUGUACUUCAGUCUUUCAAUAACAAAUUUAGAUUGACCCAAUUACCAUUUCUUUUAUAGUGUUGCAUCAGGGCCUGUUGUUUGUACUUUAGUCUUUCAAUAACAAAUUUAGAUUGACCCAAUUACUAUUUCCAUUAUAGUGUUGCAUCACGCAUAAUUUAAUUAAGAGGUCUAAUUCUAAAGUGAAAAUUCUGCACAAAAAUCAUACUAAAUGUUUAUAAUUGUUGGGUGACCAGGUGCUGGAGACAUCUGAUGUGCCCGCUGGAGUCAUAAACAUCGUCACCGGGGAUGGCGACGCCUUGACAAAAACAUUGGCGGAGCACCAUGACGUCAAUGCACUAUGGUACUUUCGUUCAGGUGAAGGAUCAAAGUUUGUAGAGGCGGCGUCUGCCGGGAACCUGAAGCGCACUUGGGUCAGUUAUGGAGCUGAGAGAAAUUUUCUUGAUGCGGAUCAGGGACAAGGAGGGGAACUCUUGUAUCACUCUACAAGUUCUAAGAACAUCUGGCUGCCAAUGGGAGACAUAUUCGCCAAUUAAAAUUUGUUGAAAAAUCUGUUACAAAUUUGAGGAAAUAGUAAAUUUGAUCUGUAAGACUCAUGUUUUACUGUGAUGAACAAAUUUGUUAGAUUUAUGAAUAACUUGUUAGGUAUAUGAAUAGACUUUGAUAGAUCCAUGGAUAGAGAUAUUUGAAACAAAUUCAAAGCUAGAUUCCCCCCCAAAAAACUGGUUUAAUAUUGAAAACAAAAACGCAAUGUGCCUAGAUUUUAAAAUUUACCAGAGAACAUGUAGGCCUUUUGAUUUGUGUUCAAUAUGUUUAUGGGCUAAAUACUGUAAACCUGUGCAGUUGCACCACUCCAUAUCUCUCUCACUCAUUCAUUGCACUGUUAAUUAUAACAUACCAGUCUUAGCAGUGCUAGAUCUUUUUUCCCUCCCCAUGUUAUGUUGUCUUCAUACCUAUAUGACAGACAUUGGCUUAUUAGAGAUGCAUUUUAUAAAAUCUCAUGUGAAUGGUUAUAUUUAUUUAUUCCUGGCGGUCAAUAUUAAUUACUUAAAGCUGGGGCUAUGGAAGGGUUUGACAUUGUAACAUGGGAGGUACCGUAUGUUAGCCCAUUAUGGAAUUUUGUGCCUUGCAUUUUAUGAUUAUAUCCCAGGGGCCUCUCUCAAGUUCCUGAAUUUCUUCUACCCGGUAUUUAAAAAAAUAUUUUUAUAAAAUAUUUCCUGCCACAAGAAGUAAAAUGCCUCACUUUGUGUGUUCAAUAAAAAAUAUUAAUAUUAUAACAAACGGGAUAAAACUUAAUGUUACUGUUGUAGUCAAUAGUAUUGUUUUCUUUUUUAAAAUUUUUUGUUAUACAGCAAUUUUCAGGGCAUCAAGAUACAAGAAUACUUGCAUUUUCAGAUUAUAUAAUUUAUCAAUGCCAUCAGUCUGAAUAUUUUUAUUUGAGCAAAAUAUCAAUUCAUGAUUUGAAACAUACAUUUUAAUCCAUAACAAUUCAUACACUCUCCUGGAGAUUUUCAUGUUUUGAAUUGCUAAAUAUAAUUUCAAUUUUCAAGACAUUCAUUAAAAUCAGCAAGUUGAAGUUUUAGAAAUUUGUUGUCAAUCAGGUCUAGUAAUAAUAAUUUAAUUUAAAUAAGUUAGUGUGCUUUUAAAGAGUUUUAUACAUAUUUCAAAAUGUGCCAUCACCUCCCCAGGGGAGCCCAUUCAGGGCAGCCCAUUCCUGAAUUUACCGCAGGUAAUUAACAUUGGAUUUUAGGUGUUAACAUUUUUGUGAUAUUGUGUUUUUUUUUUUAAAUCUGGCUAUAAAUUUUCAGCUCCAUAACAUGCUUGUUCAAAGAAAACCUACAAUUCUCCAUUUUACAAUUAUUGUUAGGGACUCGGUCUAGUUUUGGUUAUAUAUUUUCACUAUUUUCAGUUAUGAUAAAUGUUUUUUUUUUUUUUUAAAGAUCUAUAUUUAUUGCUCAUAACAAGAUUUAUGAGACAGUAAUUUGACAAAAAUCUCUGCCCAUUUAAAUAAUAUACAAAAUAAAUUUGUGACUGAAUUAUUUCUCUCUUUCUUGAUUACACAUGUUGUAGGGAAAUGUCUUAGAUGACAGCUAGUCAUUUGUUUUGCUACCUGAUUUUUAAAUGUUCAAGUUUACAAACAUCAGGCUUUCUUUUAUCAUACAGC